AUGAAACUGGAUGAUGAUGCAGACAUUACUUGGGAAGAAUUCAAAGAUAAAUUCAUGCAACAUUAUUUCCCUCCAGCUAUUAGAGCUGUGAGACAGGCUACAUUUUAUUCUUUUAAACAAGAGAAUCUGCAUGAAGAUGAGUUCAUUGCUCGCUUUUUGGAACUGUCUAAAUAUAGCACUUACCUUCAGGAGUACCAUAAUCCAAAAUGGAUGUGUGAGCGAUUGCUGGAGAAAGCUAGGCCAGAAUUGAGGACAGCAUUGGCACCAUUUGAGAUAGAGGACUUUGAAAAGUUAUGCACUAAGUUGCGCAUCACUGCUAGAAGGAUAAGGGAAGAAGAAGUAGAAAAGAGGAAGGAAUCCCAAGGCAAGUAUGCCUCUUUCAUGAGACCUACUGGGGGUGUCAGUAAGAGGAACAGUUAUAGUGCUGGAGGAUCAAGUAAGCGACCCUAA